CGAUUAAUUAUUUCAUUCAUCAACAAAUUGCAUAUAUAUAGGACCCUUUUUAUAUUUGGCAACUGUUCAGCAUUUACGAGUGUUUCACUUUCUAUUUUUUAUUUCGGUGGCAAUAUAUUCUAAAGGGCGUAAAAAAUUGCCGGCUUUCGUGCGUGAUACAAAAUUUCAUAACGCUGUCACUCUGAUAAUCCCUCCUCGGUGAUACAGUUGAGUGCCACAGUACACAUAACCUCAAACACGUUUACACGGAGAUCAGUUAUGGUUAUAGCAUAAAUUCAUGAAUGUGGAAACUUCGCUUUAAAUUUCUAUAUGUUUGUUCGAGUAGAAAUUACCAUCUGUGGAAAGGUAACAAUCAAGCAAUAAUGGACAAUAAAUCAAAGUCAAAGUCAAAGACAUUUCAUUCGGCAACAGGAUUGGUUGCCUCCAUGAAAGAUCCCGAACUCAAAGUGAAAGAGGAUGACAGAAUAGUCGUUAUUAAAGACAAGUAUCCAAAAGCCCAGUUCCAUUACCUUAUCUUACCAAAGGCUGACAUUCCAUCACUGUGGCACGUAAAAAAGGAGAAUGAAGAUUUAUUGAUCCACAUGCACAAUGUCGCAGAAAAGUUGACGAGAGAACAUGAAGAUUAUGAAUUCCUCAUUGGAUAUCAUGCUGUGCCAAGCAUGUAUAGAUUACACUUACAUGUGAUAAGUACAGAUUUUAACAGCCCCUGUUUAAAAACCAAAUACCAUUGGAACUCAUUUACAACUCCUUUCUUUUUACACUCGACAGAUAUUUGCAAAGAGUUACGAGAGACAGGGGAAUUAAAAGAGCAGAAAUUUGAGGACAGCACCGCGUAUUUAAAUGUACCGUUGAAGUGUCAUAAAUGUUCGGCGACACCGAAAAAUAUGCCGGAAUUAAAGAGGCAUUUGAUGGUACAUUUGCCGGGAAAGAAGAGUCUCUUCAACUAAGAAAUUACCUAUCACUCUUGACGCAAUUUAAAUCAAAUUAACAAUAGUAAUUUAACUGUUUCCCAGUUUUAUGGGUCCUUAAGUUAAAGAUAAAUCGAUUGAUGCACUUGUCUUCGUGUCGUAUACGAAUUAAAACUGAUGGUCUAGUACUUAAUCGUAGCUCCUCGAAUAGCUUGAAAUAUUGUAAUUAUCGUGCAGUAUACAAUGAUUGUAAUGUAAAUAAAUAAAUCAUUUUAUACAUACUUA